CAGACAUCAGUGCGAAGAGGCGCCGGCAGGAGGCCGUGCGCCAGGAAAAAGCCUGUCGACGCCCAGUUCUUCCUACCGUCUGACUGAGUGAGCGAGUGGCCAGAAUGAAGCUCGCUCUGAGGGCGCCUGGAGCGCAAUGGUAUUUGAACCGGGCAAGUCGAGGUUGGCUGGCGUCGCCGCCUCCCCUCCGUCCAACCAUUUCCCCUCGCCCACACACCACCAUGUCCAACGCUGCCCCCAACACCCCCGAGCCCGAGUUCGAGCAGGCCAAGUCGGAGAUCUACUCGACCCUCAAGCCCUUCCUCGCAAAGAACCCCGAGUACGAGCGAGCAUGGGAGAUCCUCCAGAACCCUGAGCGCAUCAUCCAAUUCAGGGUCGUCUGGGAGGACGACAAGGGCGUCUGCCGUGUGAACCGCGGAUAUCGCGUCCAGUUCAACUCGGCCCUCGGCCCUUACAAGGGCGGGCUCCGUUUCCACCCUACUGUCAAUCUCUCGAUCCUCAAGUUCCUCGGAUGCGAGCAGGUCCUCAAGAAUGCUCUGACGGGCCUCCAGAUGGGCGGUGGAAAGGGUGGAUCUGACUUUGACCCCAAGGGCAAGAGCCCUGCUGAGAUUCGUCGAUUCUCCACCGCUUUCGGCCGUGCGCUCGCCAGGCACAUUGGGCCUGACACCGAUGUGCCGGCUGGUGAUAUUGGAUUCACGGGAGAGAAUGCGGGCUACGUCUUUGGCGCAUACAAGCAGUUCGCAAACGAGUGGUCCGGCGUCAUCACGGGCAAGGGCGAGGACUGGGGAGGAUCGGCCGGUCGCCCCGAGGCAACCGGGUACGGCCUCGUCUACUACGUCGACCACAUGAUCCACCACGUCGAGGGUUCCAGCAGCGGCGGCUUCAAGGGCAAGAAGGUGGCCGUCUCCGGUGCCGGGCAGGUCGCGCAGUUCGCCGCUCUCAAGGCAAUCGAGUUGGGAGCGACUGUGCUCUCGCUCUCUGACUCCAAGGGAUCGCUCAUCGCCAAGGACGCCAGCAACGGUUUCACGCCCGAGGAGAUCCAAGAAGUCUUCACAAUCAAGUCCGCCCGCAAGGAACUCUCUACCUUCGGCGACAAGUCCGGCAAGUUCACCUUCCACGGCAACGGCGCCCGUCCCUGGAAGCUCGUCCCGCAGUACGAUGUGGCCCUCCCCUCUGCCACGCAGAACGAGGUCGACGAGUCCGACGCUCAGGCCGCCAUCAAGGCAGGCUGCCGCUACAUCGCCGAGGGGUCCAACAUGGGCUGCACUCAGGAGGCCAUCGACGUCUUUGAGGCUACGCGCGCCCAGAAGGGCAAGGGAGGCUGCGUAUUCUACGGGCCGGGCAAGGCCGCCAAUGCAGGCGGUGUGGCCGUCUCUGGGCUGGAGAUGGCACAGAACAGCCAGCGACUCAAGUGGUCCCUGCAGCAGGUCGACGGGAAGCUCAAGGAUAUCAUGACCGAGGCUUUCCGUCUGUGCUUGGAGACGGGCAAGAAGUACGGCGAUGGAGCAGAGGUGCCCUCCCUCGUUCAGGGCGCCAACAUCGCUGGCUUCCUCAAGGUCGCUGACGCCAUGAAGGCGCACGGCGAUUGGUGGUAGUCGCGGCGUGCGCUCCGUGCGCUUCGUGCGCUUCGUCGUGUUGUCUCGUCGUGUGUUCGCUUGUUUGAUAGAGUUGUGAGAAUGCUAUUGCCCAUGUAAUCUUAGAGACACGGGAGCGAGGCGUGGUUGUGCGUCACUCAAUAGCUG